GCGGGACUUCCUACAGUGCGUCCUUGUCUGUCUGUGGUUUAACUUCCCUUUGGGUAGAUUGUUGGAGGAAUCUGAGCUUUAGCAUCGCCAAGUUGGACUCAAGGUAAGAGAGCGAGCAGGCAGCGAGUGACAGCGGAUGAGACCGCCGGCAGCGGUGGCGGCCGUGUGCGGGCCCCAGCACCAUCUGCAGAAUCCGAUGGCGACUCCGAGGCACCCGGCUCAGAUUCCCAGGUCUACAGAAACGCAUGUGGUCUGUACACAGGGCUGUGUGACCUUUGAGGAUGUGGCCGUGUACUUCUGCCAGGAAGAAUGGGAGCUCCUGGAUGAAGCUCAGAGGCUCCUGUAUCUCAAUGUGAUGCUGGAGAACUUAGCACUUACAGCCUCCCUGGUUUGUUGGCAUGAAGCCGAGACUGAAGAAACAACCUGUGCACCGAGUGUGUCACCAGCUGAAGAACCACACAUCAGGGUUCCGAAGGAGGAUCUACCCAAACAGAAGACUCAUCCUUCUGACAUCUGUGUCACAGUCCUGAAAGACAUCUUGCAUCUGAAUGACCUACCUGGGCAGAAACCGUAUUUGACUGAGGUGUGCGCAAACCUCCUGGACCAGAAGCAUCCUAGAGCCAAGAACUGUUUAAGGAGCCAUGCGGACUCCCUCGUGAAGAGCUGCGUAUUCCAUGUAUCAGAGAAUCCUCCCAUCUGUAGUAAGAUUGGAGAGAACUUCCCAGCUGUGUGCAAUCUUCUCCAGCCCCAGGCCACUCCCAAAGGUGAGAAGCAAAACAAAACUAAGCGUGGCAAGGCUUUCCACGGUGAUAAAAAGAAUUCUAAGUCAGAUGAAUUUAAGGAAUCUCCCAGCCCCCAACACAUGCUUCUUGAGUACCAGAGAGUUGGUGGUGAAAGGGAAGGGGUUGAAUCUAGCAACUGUAAGCAAGAUUUGAACACGUACACACGCGUACCAUCCCGGACAGACCCAACUGAGAAGAGACCGUAUGAGUGUCAUGACUGUGGAAAACUGUUUGGCCAAAAGGCCACCCUUAGAAUUCACCAGAGACGUCAUACUGGAGAAAAACCAUAUAAGUGCGGUGAAUGCGGAAAGUCCUUCUGUCAAAGCUCCAACCUCAGUGAACACUGCAGAGUCCACAGUGGAGAAAGACCUUACGAGUGCGUGGACUGUGGGAAGGCCUUCGGGUGUCAUUCUAGUCUUCUUCGGCACCAGAGAACGCACACUGGAGAAUGGCCGUAUGAAUGUGGAGACUGCGGAAGACUGUUUAGACAAAUCGUCAGCCUGAUUACGCACCAGAGGACUCACACUACAGAGAAGCCUUACGAAUGCGGACAGUGUGAAAAAUCUUUUAGUCACAAGGCCACUCUUACCGUACAUCAGAGAGUUCACACUGGGGAAAAGCCCUAUAAUUGUGAAGAGUGUGGGAAAUCCUUCAGCCAAAGUGCCAACCUCAUUAAACACUCCAAAAUUCAUACUGGAGAAAAGCCCUAUGAAUGCGGGGAAUGUGGCCUGUGCUUCCGUCAGAGAGCCACCCUCAUGAAACAUCAGAGAACCCACACUUCAGAACGGCCUUACGAGUGUAGGGAGUGUGGCAAGUUCUUUAAGCAAUAUUUCUACCUCAUUGAACACCGUAGGAUUCACACUACAACAGAAUUUUAUGAGUGCGAGCAGUGCGGGAAAUCUUAUACGCAAAGAGCCACCCUGGUUAGACACCAGAGAGUCCACACAGGAGAAAGUCCUUAUAAAUGUGAGGAGUGUGGGAAAGCCUUUGAAUACAAAUCCAGACUUGAUCGGCAUCAAAGAACUCACACUGGGGAAAGGCCUUAUGAGUGCGCCAAAUGUGGGAAGUUCUUCAGGGAAAGCUACAAUCUUGCGGAACAUCAGAAAAUCCACACUAAAGCAAAGCCUUACAGGUGUGAUCAGUGUGGGAAAUGUUUUAGCCGGAGAGCUGACUUGGUUAAACACCAGAGGGUUCAUACUGGAGAAAGGCCUUAUACGUGUGGAGAAUGUGGGAAAACCUUCAGCCGAACUACCAACCUCGUUCAACACAGCAGAAUUCACACUGGGGAACGGCCGUAUGAAUGUGACCGCUGUGGGAAAUCCUUUAGCCAAGUAUCCACCCUCACUCGGCAUCAGUUACUUCACGCUGGAGAAAGACCUUCUAAAUACAGCAAAUGAGGGACAUCCUAGACAAACAACCCUGUAGCAUCUUCUAACACCAAAAAAAAAAAAUGUCAAAAUAUAGCAAAUGAGGGACAUCUUAGAACAAACAACCCUGUAGCAUCUUCUAACACCAAAAAAAAAUGUCAAAAUAUAGCAAAUGAGGGGCAUCUUAGACAAACAACCCUGUAGCAUCUUCUAACACCAAAAAAAAAAAAGUCAAAAUACAGCAAAUGAGGGACAUCUUAGACAAACAACCCUGUAGCAUCUUCUAACACCAAAAAAAAAAAAAAAAAAAAAAGUCAAAGAAAGGCAGAAAAUGUGGGAAAUCCUUCAACACUAGGUGGACCAUCACAGCUCCUGAAAGCCUACACUUGAAAACAUCCUUAAACCUCCCAAGAGUGUUGUAUUGUUGUUCACUGUAGCAGACUAGAGUCUGCCAAGGGGUGAAGUGCUACAUGAGUUCCAGGCAUGAGUAAUUUGUACUGGUGGUACCCUGCCCAUCCCAGAAUCUGUCUCCUUUGCCAGAGGUAAAUAACUGCCAUAGUGUCUCCUAGAAAGCAUCUCUUGCACCUCGUACUGAGUGCAUAAUCCAACCCUCAACAUGCCCAUAGUCUUCCCUAGUGAAACCCUCAAUUGCCUGUGCCUUGCAAAUGACAUUAACCCCCCCCCUUUCUUUUCCUGGUCUAUAUUUUGCCUAAAAUAACCUGCUCUGCCUUUGGCUGGAGGCUUCAGAAAGCAUUAUCCUCUUUUUCAUUCUUUGUCUCACAAUGUUCAGGUUACUGUUUACAUACUCCAAGGUCACUAGCCAGUAACUUCCUGCUGUUUCGUGCAAUAAUAAAGGCCUUAUUUUUUUUCA